UUACAUAAUGAAAUUCAUCCCAAGCACGAGCACGCGAGACAAGGGCAGAUCAGGCACAUGGGCGUGCCCAUACUAGUUUUAAUUAAAUAAAAAAUUGCGAUGUCAUUUCCCAAGCGCACCCUUGUUUCAGUACCAUUCCUCCUUUACCUCCAUUGCGAACGGAGCAAAGCGGUUUGUUCGAUAACAGUCUGCUCCCUCCGUCUCUCAACCGUUCGAUUAUGGAAGUGAUGGUUCCAGGACUACCUUCAUUCAGAGUGUUAAACCCCAACGCUGCAAAUCGUAGCUUCACCAGACUCCGUUUAGGGUUCCGAAAAUUCUCGUCUUCUUCGUCUGCUGCAUCAGCAGCUUCGACGCUCAGGCAAGACGAUCCAGUUUGUGGACCCGUUUCCCUCGGCCACAUUACCCGACCCGAUUUUCCCAUUCUCCACCAGGAAGUAAAUGGCUCAAAGCUGGUCUACUUGGACAAUGCUGCUACCUCCCAGAAGCCCACAACUGUUUUGAAAGCUUUGCAAAGUUAUUAUGAGGCCUCCAAUUCAAAUGUGCAUCGUGGAAUUCACUUUUUGAGUGCAAAGGCAACAGAUGAAUAUGAGCUGGCAAGGAAAAAGGUGGCUACUUUCAUCAAUGCAUAUGAUUCUAAGGAGAUAGUUUUCACAAAGAAUGCGACCGAAGCGAUCAAUCUAGUAGCCUACUCUUGGGGCCUCUCAAAUUUAAAACAAGAUGAUGAGGUUAUACUCACAGUUGCUGAACAUCACAGUGCUAUUGUUCCUUGGCAACUGGUAGCUCAAAAGACUGGUGCUGUAUUGAAGUUUGUGAGUUUGACCGAAGACGAAGUUCCAGAUACAGAAAAGUUGAGAGAAAUGCUUUCUAGGAAGACAAAACUAGUAGUUGUUCAUCAUGUUUCAAAUAUGCUUGCUUCUAUUCUUCCUAUUGAAGAGAUUGUGCUCUGGGCACAUAAUGUUGGGGCAAAAGUGCUAGUUGAUGCUUGUCAAAGUGUACCGCAUAUGGUGGUUGAUGUGCAAAGACUCGAUGCUGAUUUUCUAGUUGCUUCCUCUCACAAGAUGUGUGGGCCUACAGGCAUUGGAUUUUUAUAUGGUAAGAGCGAGUUAUUAUCUGCCAUGCCUCCUUUCUUAGGUGGUGGUGAAAUGAUCUCUGAUGUAUUCUUGGAGCACUCCACUUUUGCUGAACCUCCAUCCAGGUUUGAGGCUGGAACACCAGCAAUUGGGGAAACAAUUGGAUUGGGAGCAGCAAUUGAUUAUCUAUCUGGAAUUGGCAUGCAAAAGAUUCAUAAUUAUGAACUAGAGCUAGCAAAUUAUCUAUACGAAGGCCUCAGUUCAAUACAGAAUAUUCGCAUCUAUGGCCCAGUACCUUCACAAAGUGUCCGACGUGCUCCUCUGUGUUCUUUCAAUGUUGAGAAUAUUCACCCAACAGAUAUUGCUACUUUUCUUGACCAACAGCAUGGGGUGGCUGUUCGAUCUGGCCACCAUUGUGCACAGCCUCUGCAUCGCCACCUGGGAAUAAGUGCAAGCGCAAGGGCUAGCCUGCAUUUCUAUAACACCAAAGAGGAUAUUGAUGACUUCAUACAAGCACUAGAUGAUACAGUCAGUUUCUUUGCUUCUUUCAAAUAGGCUUUUACAUAUUUACUCUCUUUGAAAUGGUAUUUGAUCUUGUAUUGCUUGUAAAAUAAAUUAUGUUCUAAUUAUAUUUUAGUUUGCAAAAAAAAUGUUUCUCUUUUUUAUUUUGUUUGGGUGGUUUUGUGCUGGAGCUUUGCAUUUUUUGCUGAAAAAGCUUAAUUGGUAUCGAGUGCACAACAGCAAUGAAGCUAAAUUUUGUCUUGAGAGAAAAAAAUGGCUUUGUUGGCUGUUUACUUCAUAUAAUCUUUCGACUUUUUUGAAAAUGUAAUUUUAAUGACAGCUUAUUUUUA